GGUUAAUGGUUAUUUAGCUGACGGGCACCCAAGGCUCGCAGAGCACAUAUCAAGUUUGUCGAUAUAGCAGGGAAUAUCAGCACAACCCCCAAACGAGCCGCUAUAGUUUACGACGCUUGUACUGAAGUCCACUAUCAGAGUAGCUUUCUGCCUUCUUCUUAUUAUUUUUUUUGGGCUUCGCCGCUAAACGACUAUCCGCCAGCAUCUUUGCGCCAGCCUGGACUAGCAAAAAGCUCGAACUCCAAGGCCACCUGCAUUCGCGAACAUUCCUCCACCUCGAUCUACCGUGACGCUAGUUAACUAAUUGCCUAAGUCGUUAGUUUUAAACACCCUCCAGUUCCUCGUUGGUGCGGCGUUGAUAAGGGACGGACAAACGCAGGAUAUUACCGGGAACAAGCUCAUGCAUGAGACGCACCAGGGCAUUCGACCUGUGGCGAACAAAAGCGGGAUACUAGAGGUCUCGACUCCCAACAACACUCGCCAAUCGACCCAUGGUGGACGGGGCGCGCAGUUUGGCACAAGAUGGCCGCAUUCGUGCGAGUGUCGGGGCCUCCCAAUAGUAAUUUCCUCGUCGGGUACCCUGGAAUCUCAGCAACUCUGGUGAGUUUACGUCCCUGAACCAGUUCCAUGAUUUCGAUGCACACAUACAUGCACUGAGCAGAUGGGAUAAACUACAUAGCUUUGCCGCAAUCUUAUAUUUUUUUGCCUUGCUGGCCUGAUUUGCUAGGAGAAGGAAUACUAACACAGCAUGGAUAGCCACGUAUUGAAGGAAAAGUCGAAGUGCGACCCAGUGUUGGGGUCUCAGCUGCAGUCAACAUCUCCAUGGUCACAAUAUGCCUUCAGCGAAGAGAGACGAUUCAUCCCGCAGCCGAUUCGAUGACGAAAAGACACUUGGCUGCCCCGCGAAAGGACGUGACCGACAUCGUGGGCAAGGAGAUGCUCCUCUUUCGAUGCCCCAUGGGGCGGGAGUACGAAGAAAUAAUAGCCAUGGACCUCCCCUUUGUCCUCUUCAUACCAUUUGGUAGAGGCGGACAGGAAACCUCGAGACGGCUACCACCCGCGAGCUUGCAACUGGGCAGCCGAACCGCUGAGACAUACUACGAAUUAGUCGUGAUGGUGCAACAGGGCCAGGCAGAGCAGAGAAAGUACUCCUUCCCGGUCCCCAUGUCGAGAUACGAUACCUUAUCCACGUUUGGCAUGUACAAUCGACCGGAAGCGGCAGAGCGCGUGUCAGAUCAUCUUAUCACUCUCGGUAUAUCGUUACCUCGAUGGUCAUAUGGGCCUUUCGAUCCUGUCAGUGUAUAUGUGAAGCUGUCGCCCAACCCGGACUGGAUGAGCAAGGCUCGCAAAGUGACAAUACAGAAAAUCACUCUUUCAAUUGACGAGGAGAUAGUCUACAACCACGAAGGCGACGAACCAGUUCGCAAGGGAAAAACACUCGCCAAGCGAUCGGAGUCAGUCAAUCUAAAGAUGCCCGAAGCCGGAUACCUCACCAACCUCGGCCUCGUUUUCCCUGCAAGAGACUUGCGUGAUUCAGACGGCGUGCUACCACGAGGGAGACCAGCAUUCCCAAGUUAUGCCGUCAGCGCGUUUACAACCACAGCCUCUCUGUAUAAAAUAGAAUAUUACUUGACAGUCAAGGUAUGUUACUUAAACCCCAUGCCUCUUUUUCAUGGUAAUACAUUUUAACCUGAAUCCUACAGGCCCAUCUCACAUCAGCAAAGGACAUAGUCCUAAGACAACCCAUUGUCGUCUGUCCUCUAGACCACGCUGGCUGCAAGGAGGAAAUGGAGGCCAUUGAGCAGGCUGCCCGCGAGGCGAGAAACAUCAAUCCCGACAACCCCAUGCUUCCACUACCAACUAUCGUCCGCGCCAGUGAUCCCAACGCCCUUCGCUAUCUCAACGUCGCAAUCGUGGGAAAUACCAAGAAACCUAUCAUAGAAUAAAUACAUCCCGCCCUCCUCUCUACUACUCUCGCCAUGUCUGAGCGGUUUACGGCCCUCUCCUAACCCACGACUAACGAUGACUAUUAACGAAUCUUUAUUUCAUCUCCUCAAAAACUUGCUGGCGCUGGAAGGCUGGUAAAAUCGCAUUAUUGCAUGGGAUAUCGGCGCCAGGAUGGUCGAAUAAUUUCGCGGUUAUCAUUUCAUACUAAGUAUAGCUGCAUACUUGCCGUUCGAUUGGUUCAGCCAGCCGCUUCGGUUCAUAUUACAGGAGAAGCACAUGAACAAAGACAAAUCGAAAAGCAAGGAUUUCUUCUAGCCGGAGUGUCAUCUGGUACCAUUUGACGAUUUCGACUGCUGCAAAUGCAGCCACCGAGGCCUUAACCCUACCGCUAACAUGAAAUACUACACUCCCUCACAUCUCUCACGGUAUGGGAUACCACCUGUAUCUUGCUUCCAUUUCCUUACCGAACGGCCAUGGUUUAUCAUAUCCUAGCUACUUGGUUUAGCUUUGGUUUGGGCCAAGCUUUCAACGGGAUGAGUAUUCCGGGGCCCCAGUUCGGCUUCGCCAUUAUAACCAUUCAUUUCUGGGAAAUAUCUUAUGGUGGCUGGUUACUUUCAUCUGGAGUAAGUGACGAGGCUUCUCUAAUUUUCAUUUUCAUUCCAACAUCUCCCCGACUAGAUAUCUCUGGUACCUAUAUCAUACUUUCUGGAGCAAAAAUAUUCCUGGCGAUGUACAGACUAUCUACAAAUGGUACCUGGUCUUUUGCAUGGCUCUUGAUGAGCUACGGUUUGCUCCACCUAUGUCAAGUCAUCCGGGUUCAAUUCUACAUAACAACCUUCAACAUCUUCAAAUGCAUGCUGCCUUGGGCGCAAUGUUUAUCAUCUGAUCCCUCUCAUUGACUCUAAGUAUUAACUGACCAUAUACCGCUGUACUUCAUUUUUUCAGCCGUGGGUUCCCCUUUCUUUUCUAAUAUUUAUCUUCAUUCUACCGAACGUAUUGUAA